GUUUGCAAUGUUCAUCACGCGAUCGAAUGGGAGUAGGAAGGAGUGUUUUGAUGUCACUUUAUUCAGUCUGAGGUAGAAAACCGUACAACGAAUAACAACGUUUUUUUUCUGUGUUUGCAGAUUUCCAAUUUCCAUCGACAAUGUGCACAAAAUAUUUCGGGGGGGUCCCAACCGUGCAUCCAGCCCCAAAUUUCAGUGCUGCAGAUGAUGCAGAGAUCCUCAGAGGUGCCAUGGAUGGUCUGGGCACAGAUGAAGACAUGAUUAUAGAGAUCCUAACACAUAGAUCCAACCAGCAACGUCAAGCUAUUGCGGAACAUUUCAAAAACGUUCUCGAGAGGGAUCUUAUUGAAGACGUGAAAGGUGAACUUGGAGGUAAUUUCGAAAAAGUGAUUGUUGCUCUACUGAUGCCUCCCCAUGAAUAUCUCUGUAAAGAACUGAAAAACGCGAUGAACGGAGCUGGAACAAACGAGGGUACACUCAUAGAAAUAAUAUGCUCGAAAUCCAAUGAGGAAAUCGAAAAAAUCGUUGAGUGCUAUGAAGCAUUGUAUGAGAGGCCCCUAGUGGAGCAAGUAUGCUCAGAAACAUCAGGCAACCUGGGACGUUUCCUAACGUUGAUCUUGACGAAAACAAGAAACGACUGCAACGAUAUAGAUGACGGCGAUGCAAGAGCUAAGGCAGAAGAACUUUACGCAGGGGGUGAAGGACAACUUGGAACUGAGGAAAGCAUCUUCUACAAAGUGCUUGCGCAUGAGAGUUUUGCACAACUUCGAAGAAUAUUUGAAGAAUACAAGGAAAUUUCAGGAAACACCAUCGAACAAGCAUUGAAGCAUGAAUUGAGUGGGGAUUUUUUGGAUGCACUAUUAGCAGUAGUUGAGUGUGUCCAAGGCCCUGCUAUAUUUUUUGCCAGAAAACUUCAUGAUGCAAUGGAUGGUAUGGGUACAGAUGACGAUACACUUAUAAGAAUAAUUGUUAGUCGGUCGGAAAUCGAUUUGGGGUCCAUCAAGCAGGAAUUUGAAAAGAUGUAUGAUAAAACAUUGGAAAGUUGCAUCGAGAAUGACACUUCCGGAGACUAUAAACGCGCUUUACUUGCAUUGGCACGCUAGGAUGUAACCCGAAUUUCUAUAUUUAUGAUUUUUAAGGAAUAAAGUAACGAUACCCCAGGUGAUUUCAAGAGGGUUCUGCUUCAACUUCUUACCUAAAUUUAAGGAAUGUUGCUGUUCAUACCAGUGGUAUCGUCAUAUCAUAUUAUAUACUUCGUU